AUGGAGCCUACAGCACCGAAAACAAAUGAUCAAAAUCAAAAACCAGAAGAAUCAAAAGAUCUAAAGAAGGAACUACAAGAAAUACGAGAACUACAAAUAAAAAAGUUUGAGCCUGAACCUUCUCGUCCCUCUACACCUCCGCCCCCAUACGAUCCUAUGGGCGAAGUACUUGACGGCGUUUUAUAUGAUAUCGAAGUCAACCCCGCCAAUGGAAACUACAAUGACAUUGACGAAUAUCGUCAAGAGGUCGACAGCUUCCUCCGCCUACUUUUCCGCAUAGAUAGGGCCAGUAACGCAUACUCAAAGCUGAAGUAUGAUUCUCACAUCGCAAUACCUGACGAUAGAGGAGAAGCUAUUGUAAGGAUAAAAUUCGUCUUAUCUCCUCACGGGAGCACAUUCCACAGCGCCGCCGAAGAUUUUUGUAAUCUUAUGUUUCACCAGAGGUCGGGGCCUAUCACUAGACCCCUGACGUCUUUAGAGAGAUUGGGCUUUUCUCCACUAUCACCAAUUUUCCGCCAAUAUUGGACAAGGGCGUUAUACCACAGCUGUGCCCAACUAGGUCCGGGGUUCUUCACAACAUUCCCUGAAGCCAACACCAAUCAUAGGCGAUGGCCUAGAUGGGCAAUGACGGUGCAUUUUCUCUUUCUGGAAUUGGGGGGUGUAUUGUGUUUUGAUUUAGUCUUGAAAUCGAUGGCGAGGGCCGGUGUACAGUCUCUAAGCUCUUGGGAACAGAGUGAUUCCAAUCAGUUGACAGUCGCUUCUAAUGCUGCGGCGCGUUAUUUCAAGAGAUACAUAUCCGACAUGUUAUCUUCUCCGGUGAACAGGCAAAAUCAACUUUUUGAAACAGAGGCUAGGCAUUAUCAAGCACAGAUUCAUUCUGUAUUCACGGAAUUAGAGAGAUUAGGAAAUUACGACUUUAUGGCGAGAGAUACAGUCACCAUUUGUAACGAACUAUACGGGGCUAUUGAAUCUUCCUGCAUCAUAUUUACCGCAAAUCAAGAGAUGUACGAUAUGCUCUUCAGCGCGCAGAUAACAGGAAAAUUUACACUUCGGUCAAAGUUACUCAGGCUGGGAGACAGAUUGAAAGCAACUGCGGCCAAAAAAACCCACAAAGCAGUCAAUCUCAAGGUCAGAAGUUCGUUGAAUAUAUCCUAUGACGUUCUUAGGGCAAUUCAAAUCCUGCAAAACAGGGAGCAAAUUCUGAACGACUUGGAGACUGGGACUCGUCCUUUUACCGAAGAUCAAGCCUGGUGGAUCAGUACGGUCAAUACUGGCCAAGAGAUCGGUUUCGAUAUGGCUAUGGUGAGGAGCUAUCUACUUAUACAGAGGCGUCACUUAAUGAACAACUAUGAAGAGAUUGAGCGUUUGGUACCUGGGCAGCCACUGGUUACUGUAUGA